AUGACUGCCGCGCCUGCUGUUGCGAUCAUCCUGCUCGUCGCCGUUGGAGCAUCCCUACUACUGCAGCUCGCCGCCGCAGCCCCGACGCCGGGCCACGCAGCCCAAGGUGUUACGUUAAGCGUCCACCAAGGCCAGGUAGUUGUGGACAACGGCGUGGCGCAGGUGACGCUGUCCAAACCCCAGGGACACAUCACCGGCGUCCGCUACAACGGCGAGCAAAAUCUGCUCGACUACGGCACCCGCAACGACAACUCGGGAGGGUACUGGGACGUGGUCUGGAACUAUCCCGGAUCAGCUGCUCAUCCAACUGGAAUGAUCGAUAUGUUGGAUGGAACAGAGUUCAGGGUGGUAUCCUCAACCGACCAACAGGUGGAGCUCUCUUUCAGGAGUGCGUAUGAUCCAUCAAGCCCAAACAGCGUUCGGCUAAACAUCGACAAGAGGCUUGUGAUGCUGAAAGGCAGCUCUGGUUUCUACUGCUACGCCAUCCUCGAGCACGCCAGCGGCUGGCCUGCUCUCAGCAUCGCCGAGGCCCGGCUAGCCUUCAAGCUCAACACGGCAAAGUUCAACUACAUGGCGAUUUCUGACGACAUACAGAGGCACAUGCCCAGCGCCGCAGACAGAGAUGCGCCUCGAGCUGCCCCACUGGCCUACAAGGAGGCCGUCCUGCUGGUCCACCCCAUCGAGCCACAGUUCAAGGGAGAGGUGGAUGACAAGUACGAGUACUCGCUGGACAACAAGGACAACGUUGUCCACGGGUGGAUCAGCAGCAGCCACCCCAACCCCAUGGGCUUCUGGGUCAUCACCCCCAGCAACGAGUUCAAGAGCGGCGGCCCCAUGAAGAGGGAGCUCACCUCCCACGUCGGACCCACCUCCCUCACCAUGUUCCUUGGGACGCAUUACAUUGGGAACGACAUAGUGCUCAACCUCGGCGACGGCGAGUACUGGAAGAAAGUGCUCGGUCCCGUCUUCAUCUACCUCAACUCCAACCCCAAGAACGGCAACCUCCGGGCUCUCUGGGACGACGCCAAAGCGCAGGCGCAAGCCGAAGCCGGCAAAUGGCCGUACAGCUUCCCUGGGUCACCGGACUUCGCCAAGGCCGGGGACAGAGGGUCGGUCGCCGGCAGGCUCUUGGUCAGAGACAGGUACGUGAGCAAGGCCGACAUGCCUGCUGGAACGGCGUUCGUCGGGCUCGCCGCGCCCGGGCAGCCUGGCUCAUGGGCGACAGAGUGCAAGGGCUAUCAGUUCUGGACAAGGGCCACAACCUCCGGCAGGUUCACCGUCGGCAAUGUCCGGGCAGGGGUGUACAACCUCUACGCGUGGGUGCCCGGGUUCCUUGGAGACUUCAUGCGCGCUUCUCCUGUCACUGUAACUUCAGGUGGUGACAUUGACCUUGGCGAUCUUGUGUUCGAGCCCCCGAGAUCAGGCCCGACGCUGUGGGAGAUCGGCGUUCCGGACCGGACUGCGGCGGAGUUCUUCGUCCCUGACGCCGACCCCAAAUACGCCAACAAGCUAUAUCUGAACAUGGACAAGUACAGGCAGUACGGUCUCUGGGAGAGGUACGCCGAGCUGUACCCUGGGGGAAAGGAUCUUGUUUUCACAGUUGGUCAGAGCAACCACUCCAAGGACUGGUUCUUUGCGCAUGUCACAAGGCAGGUUGGCAACGGCAGUAUACCAACGACGCGGCAGAUACGGUUCGAGCUGGACCAUGUCGUUGCAGACGGCACCUACACUCUACGCAUCGCCCUUGCAGCCGCUCACAUGUCCAGAUUGCGGGUACAAGUGAACGGGGGCGGCGCGAGGCGAGGCCGAGGCGGCGUGUUCACGACGGCGGAGAUCGGCGACGGCAACGCGAUCGCGCGGCACGGCAUCCACGGCGUGCAGCGGAGCUUCGAGUUCCCGAUCAGGGGGCGCCUGCUGCAGGAAGGCGAGAACAGCAUCAGCAUCACGCAGACGAGAGCUCUAGAGGGCCUGUUCUUGGGAGUCAUGUACGACUACAUCAGACUGGAAGGGCCUGCCGAUCCCCCACGGCCACGCCAGGUGCAUGAUGGUCGUCAGUUUGCCGGAAUUCGGUAGGUUAUUGGCUACACUCGAGAAACAACAUAUAGCCG